UAUUUUCCCCAAAAUGUCGUUCGAUCAAAAGGAGAUUUUCAGUUUAAUGUACAAGCUGGCCCGGCUCAUCGUCCCGGAUACCCGAGUCGAAUAUGAUGCCCAGGGAGCGAUCCAUAUCCCCCUGGACCGCAUGUACGGACCACUCACCAUGAGAUCCUUGAUGAAAUUUCCGAUUGGCGGAACCGAAGAACGUAUGCCUCGUUCGGUUAUUAGAGCCAUGGGAAUGGUGAAGAAAGCCGCCGCCGAGUCGAACAAGGCCAAUGGCAUGGAGGAGCGUCUGUGCGAUGCCAUAUCCCAGGCCUGUGAUGAAGUCAUCUCCGGAAAACUGUACGACGAGGAGCACUUUCCGCUGGUGAUUUGGCAGUCUGGCUCGGGAGAUCACACCAAUGGCAAUGUGAACGAGGUGAUCGCUAACGGAGCCAUCAAGAUCCUGGGCGGCCUGAUGGGAACGAAGGAUCCAGUGGAUCCCAUUGAGCACGUGAAUAUGGGGCAGAGCGACCACGACACCUUCAGCACGGCAGUUCGUGUGGCCGUGGCCAUGGACUUGCAGGAGAAGCUCUAUCCGUCCUUGAGGCUGUUCGGCGAGAUGUUGCGGAAAAAAUCAGAGGAUUGGAAGGACAUCAUCAAGAUCGGACGCACCCAUCUGAUGGACGCGGUGCCUCUGACCCUGGGCCAGGAGUUCAGUGGAUACCAUCAGCAGAUAUUUAAUGGAAAAUCCCGCCUGGACGACUCUCUUUCUAGAUUGUAUAAGCUCCCCAUUGGAGGCACCUUUGUGGGCACGGGUUACAGUACCGUGAAGGGAUUCAACAACAUGUGCGCCAAGCGGAUUGCCGAGCUAAGCUUCCUGCCGUUUGAGUCAUCCCCCAACUGCUUCGAGUCGAUGUCCACCUGCGAUGCCCUGGUGGAGCUUCACGGGGAACUCAACACCAUUGCUGUCAGUACGAUGAAAAUAGCGAAUGACAUUCGAUUCCUGGGAUCUGGGCCGCGAUGUGGUCUGGGCGAGCUGAUGCUGCCGGAGAACGAGCCGGGCAGCUCGAUCAUGCCCGGCAAGGUGAAUCCCACCCAGUGCGAGGCCAUGACCAUGAUCUGUGCCCAGAUCAUGGGAAACCAAGCAGCUAUUAACAUUGGCGGCUUAUCUGGACACUUUCAACUGAAUACCUUUUUACCCAUGAUCGUCUCGAAUGUCCUGCGUUCUAUCACACUCCUGGGCGAUGGCAUCACUUCCUUCUGUGAGAACUGCCUGAAGGGUGCCGAGCCGAACAAACCAAAGAUUACCUCCACCAUGAAGGGCUCCCUGAUGCUGGUCACUGCCCUGAGUCCACACAUUGGAUAUGACAGGGCCGCCGCUAUUGCGAUGGCAGCCCACCAGAACGGCACCACUUUGCUGAAGGAGUGUCAAAACGCUGGAAUCGAGAAACAGGACUAUGAGAGUUGGAUCAAUCCAGAGAAAAUGUUGGCUCCCGAAUAGGUGGAAUCUUCUUAUUAAAUUUGUGUUAGAAGGGAAAUUAUCAAUAAAGUUAUUCUAUUUAGUAUCUUA